GUUUCAAUUUUGUUUAAUCCGCGCUCAGAAGUACACCCGUGAACAUGCGUAUAGAUAAAUAAGAACUAAAAAAAAAAAAAACAAAAAAAUCAAAAUUAAAUUUGUGUGAGAUCAGUGCAAAAGUUCACGUAACGCAAGUGGAAUGUCACAACAAAAUGGCAUUUCCGUCGAUGCUGCACCGGAAGCAGCGCAGGCAGAGCCAAAAGGAGCGCUUGCCUACUUGAAAAAAUUGUGGGUUUACCGCAAGUACUUAGUUAUUGAACCGUUUUUCUUUUUCUACUUGAUGGCCAGUAUUUUCAAUGCAGUUGCAAUGCAAAAUUUUCCACUUGACAAGGCUUGCCGCGUUAAUUUAGGAUAUAGUAAACUUGUCUGCGAUACGACUUUGGACAAAUCGGAAUUGGGCAUAGAAUGCGAAGGAUUCAGCUUUGAUAAUACUACGCUGGGCGCUACGGCGCAGGAUGCUACGCUCACCAUUAGCUCAGUGGGCUUCAAUUACACUGUCUGCAAAGCUGAAGUCGAGGCGCAGAAAUUAGCCGCAGAUGUAUCCGGGAAACGUGCACCUAUCGGUUUGCUUAUUUCGGCGAUCUUUUUCGACUCUCUGCCAAUGGAAUUCGGUGCAUACUGCGAGGCGAUUGUUCCAGCCUUAUUUGGUGGACUUACAUUUUGUUUGAUGGCUGUCUACAGUUAUAUAACGAUAGCAACACCGGAGGAAGAUCGUAUAUUCAGAUUUGGUAUUUUUGCAAUGUUUGUAACAGCCGUACCUUUCAUCGGCCAACCGAUAAGCGGUUUUCUAUUUCAACAGCUGGGCUAUAUUUUUUCCUUUGGAAUGGCUGCCUCAUUUC